AUGGUCACCACUUCCAAGCCCGUACACAGAGGCAAUGUGUGCAGCCAUAAUCAACAAGACAAUACAACAUGGGAGAAUUGUACAGAGCAGAAAUACUUUAUGUGUUGCAGAAAAGGUAAACCAUUCCAUAAAACAAAACACAUCAGAUUUCCUGUUUACUUGCGCCCUCAACAACAUCCAAUUCAAAUUAUUAUAAUUCUUCAACAAUUUCUAGAAAUCAUUAUUUUAUAUCAAACUAAGUUGAGUAGAGUAAAAUGUUAGUCCAUUCUGUGUGUGCAGAGUCUCGUGAUUCCUUCCUGAUUGAACAAAACAUGACCUGGUAUGAGGCUCAGAGGUACUGCAGAGAGAAUUACACUGACCUGGUCAGCAUCAGGAACGAGGCACAGAAGGAGGAAGUGAAGAACAAAGGGAUGAACAGCACUACUCCUUACUGGAUCGGCCUGCUGUAUGAUGACUGGGAGUGGUCUGCUGGAGGGAGAUCUGCCUACAGAAACUGGAUGUACAAUCCUAAUGCAGGAGAUAUACACACUGUUCUUUACCAGUCUGGACAAGGUAUACUCACUGUGGGAAAUGGAGGUACUGAAGACUAUACACUCUGCUCUGAAGGUAAGUUGUCAAAGAGGAACAUAGUCAAACUGCUUCUUAUAUGUAUGAAAUGUUGUUACUCUAUAUUGAUAGUAGCCUGGUCAAGAGGACUGAACACUGCACUCCCUUUUCAUUUCACUUCACUUGUCAAGUCAAACACAAUGCAAGCUAUCAUGUGAUCACGCUGGUUUCACCAGGCUAUAAUGAUAUUGAAAUAUUACUGAAAUUAUGUGGCUGCUUAUUUUGCCCCUAAAAUCUGAGAGUUAAAUGGGUGCUAAAACAAGUUAAUAUGAAAAUGUUAAAUAUCUUGAACACCACAUUUAUGUCUUUCAGGAUCAGUUCGCAUCUACAUAAUCAGUGAAAUGAUGUCUUGGGAGCAGGCUCUGGACUACUGCAAUAAUUACCACCAUGGACUGCUGCGUAUUGAGACAGCAGAAGACCUGGAGCUGAUCAAGCAGAAGUUCAAUGGGACUGAUUUUACUUGGUCCUGUGUGGGUGGGUCUGAGACAGAGCCGUCUCUUUGGGUUCUGGGUGUGGACCAAUGGGCUGCCAGUGGGAUGGAGUAACUGGGAGGGAGACAGACAGCCGGAAACAGCCUCUGUCCAACCACUGUGGUGCCAAGGCAACGGAGGAGGGAUACAAGUGGAGUGAUCAGGAUUGUCUGUCCAAGCGCUUCUUUAUUUGUGAAGAACAAUUGAUAUCAAUUUCCCCCUUGUUAAUUAAAUUAACUGUCUUUACCAUUCCUCACAUUUGAAUUUUUUUUUUUUUUAGGUAAUUGCUGA